UAACUCGUCACAAUUUUAAUAGCUACUCAGAUGUUAUGAGAUUCAAAGCAAAACUAACACUCUCAUUUCAUUGUACAAUUAAUUGAUUUAUUUUAUAAAAACUCAUGAAUCCAUUCAUAUUGUCUAUUCCCCGACAUUACUGAUUGCACAUCAAUCUUUAUUGUAUUUACGAGUUUGAUAAAUUUAAGAACGAGUUGAUGUGAUCAAUCAAUGUGGCAAAUAGUGUGCUGGAUUUCAGAAUAGGGCUAUUUUGUAACCAAUUUCUUUUGUAAUAUUUUCACUCUUCUAUAAAUUUGGUUAUUAACUGGUGAUUGAAUUUAGUUUUGGUUAAAAUUUCCUGUUAAUACUAACCAAGCCAACACGCGCACAGUAUUUUUCCAAAUUUUCUACCUUAAGAAAGGCUUAUGUGCAUUUUCUGCUUACUUCAGUAUAAUACAUCAAAAGCUGAAAUGUGAUAGUAGCUUUGCUUAUAGAAAAUAUUUUUGUUGUAAAGUACUAAAGAAAUCGAAAGGCACAUAGUUUUUUGUUAAGGUGUGUCCUGAAUACAAGGUCCUCAAAUGAGCCUGUAACAUAUCUCUGCGUAAAUUAAAUGUGGAAUACUGUGCAGACUUCCAUGAAUGUGAGUUUAUGUUUGUCUGACAGUUAAAUGUGCAACGCUAAGUCCAGUCAAAGCAAUAGUGUAUCAUAUUUUUUUAUAAAAAGUUUGGAAAAGCAAAAUUAACCAAAAAUCGAAUGUCUCCAUUAAUCUGAAAGUGUUUGUAUCAAAAUUAAGUAAAGACCAUAAUAUUAAAAAACAUUUUACAAUUAUUUAUUAACGUCUAAGUUGUGUCUUGAGCUACUAUUAUUUUUUGAUUCUCUAAUGUGCCAUCUGUUUUGACAUACCCGGAAAUAAGUAUCUGUAUGGGCCUAGAUUCAUGGAUUUAGUGAAAGUUAUAGAGAAACCAUCCCUUUUUUCAACAAUCAUUGCAAUUCUUGCUUAACAAACAAGUACAUGGCCAUUUUAAUCCAAUGCUAUACAGACAACUUAUAUCAACAUAUAAAGGGAAAUAAUCAUACUUACUCUUCAUGAAACAGACAAUAUAUUCACAAAGGACAUGAAAAAUACAAACUUUAAUAUAAUCAUGGUUAUUAUCUGGCGAAAUGCUCAAGUUUGCCUGGGCUGAAUGUAAUAUCUUAAAAAAAGAUGGAUUUGUAUAAGACAACUUGUACGCAUGUAUUUAAAACGUCUUGUAGAGACAUUCUGUUACCUUUUUAUUAUUUAUAUGAGUUGUUAUUUCAUAAGUUUACAUAUUCAAAUGCUCUAAACUAUGAUGAUGGAGACUUUGAUCUACACACUCUCACAUACCUAAGGUUUACACACAAUUUUGCUUUUUUGGACAUAUUUGACUGGACUAACCAUGCUGCUUCUCUAUUUAAUUUGUCAUAUAGUAUCAAUUAAGCUUUUGUGUUCAGUUCUUUAUCCUGUGCUUACCUACAAAUUACCUAGGUAUUUAUUUAGCAGAAUUAAUUUAAUUAUGCUAUAAUCCUACGAUAUUUAUUUACAAUUAUUGUCUGAAGCUAUACGUGAAAAUGAAAUGAAUUUCUUGGUAAUAUGUGUUCAUUGGCAGGUCCUUAAUAUUAAAACUUAUUCUAUAUAGCGAAAAAAUGGCGGUCAAAAAACACGAGUUGGUACAUGAUAACCGUAAUCAAUUGGAUCUUCAAGCUUUAGAGCAAUACAUUCAGCUGAUGAACGAUCAGACUAACUACAAGCCACCACCUCAGGAACUUGUCAAAAAUUGUCAGGAUAUUGUGAAAUGUCUUGCUCGUGCAUCUGGAAAUGAGGAACAACUGUGGACCCUUCUGCAGACUGUGGAAGAGUACUUGCUGCGAAUUGUGAACACAGUUCACAGUUCUAUACGUCAUGAGAUUGUGACGGCAAUCCUUGACAAGUUUUACACUUUCAUCUCAGAUCCCCAAUCGGAUGCGUGUCCCGCUACCUCUGUAGUGCUGAUCGUGCUGGACUGCUCCGACACGGAGGGCACAUUGUCUGCUGCGCGCUGGCUUGUGCAGCAAGGUGACAAUGGUCCGGCUGGAGCGGGUCUUAGAGCUUCUCUUUCUUGCCUUUAUUGCUGGUUGUACGAGUGGCACGGGACUCCGGCGCUUGGGGAUUGGGUGAUGGCUUUUAUUAAAGCCCUGGAGGAAAAUGAAAGAUUUGACAUACUGAUCGAAGUGUCUGUUGACAAUUUGGGUCGCCUUUUCUUAGCUUUGGAUGAUCCGGUGACCCUACGACAGUCAGUCGCCGACGUGAUUUUCCAUGUGCUGGCAUCACUGCGUGAAUCCACAGAUGCAUUUAACAGGAUUGCCCCGCAUAUUGGACGUGUUUUGGCUAACCUCGCCACUGACAGCGGACAGUGGAGUCGCCAGCUACUGCAAAACUUAGUGGACAUUCUUACGGCCACUGUAGACGGUCUGGUUGAUUCUCUGAAAGGCGAAGCCCAAGAUAUGUUCAAGGAUAAAUAUCAGGACGUGAUCUUGUGCCUGGAGCGUCACAUGGCCUCUCGUGGAUGUCGGUUCCUGCAGCAGACCCCAUGGCGGGCGCGGAACGUGUGCUUGACCAGCGUCAACACUCAUGCUCCCAUGAGGAAGGUCGGACUCCUGAACCUGGGCAACACCUGCUACAUGAACAGCGUGAUGCAAGCUCUACUGGUCACCAGGCAGUUCAGCACUCACGUUGUGCUUAAGAUGACGGCGGUGCCAUACUGGUCCAAGAUGGGCAUUCUAUUCGGCAAGAUGAUGCACUCCAUCACUACUAAGCUGAACCCCGACGAGUUCUUUGCGGUGGUCAAGCCGCCAUUUUUCACCAGGGACAACCAACAUGACAGCUCUGAGUUCCUCGGAUAUCUGUUUGAGCUACUGCAGUCUUAUGAGCAUUGCUCUGAUCUCAACUUCGAUUAUUCUCGACCAGCUGUGUUGUCAAGCCACAGCCGACUGCGUAUUGUGUCCCAGCCCGCUCUGCAAGGACAAGCUUCGCAAUCCACCAGCACUGAUGUCAACGAUAAUUCUGAGCCAGCUUCGACCCGUCGCUCAGCCUCUCCACGCCCCGGCAGCAGCGCGGCUGGAUCUAGUUCCAGCGGACAAAAGCGCGUUUCGCCCGACAAGGAAUAUGUACCGCUUAAAAAGCGUAUGCGCAUGAAUGAGUCGGCGUUCCUUCGCCGCGAUUCAUUCAUUGAUAACAUGUUCGGAGGAGUCCUCCUCACCCGCGUCGAGUGCACCACGUGCCACUCGUCCUCUCUGUCUCGCGACGUAUUCCGUGAUCUCCAACUGGCGUUCCCCGACAAGCCAGAAGGCUGGCAGCACACUGUGCAGAGCCUCCUCGAAUAUUACUGCUCCAAGGAGAGCCUGACAGACGAGAACCAGUACCAGUGCCGUGACUGCGGCGUACUGCGCGAUGCCGAGAGGAGCGUCCUCAUCGAGACUACUCCCAAAUAUCUGAUACUCGUCCUCAAGAAUUUCAAGACUGUUGUCAACAGAUUCGAGCCGAAGUUGCAAGUGCAGACAAAGCUCAUGCACACGAUGUACCACAACCACACCAUCACUCUACCCACUGUGCGCUCGCAGGCCGUACAUAGCUCGUACACCCUUUACGCGGCCGUCAUCCACGCUGGAACCACUCUUGAUUCGGGCCACUACUACACCCUUGCUAAGGAUAAAGAUCAGUGGCACAUGUAUAAUGAUGACGUUGUGUCCGCUUCUGACGAGGCCCAGCUGAACAGCCUCAACCGCUCCAGCACGCCGUACAUCCUGUUCUACAGGCGCACUGACAUUGAGGAGGGCACUACUCCCUCCAUGGAGGAGCUGCCGCCGAAGGUGCAGGAGUCGGUGAUGUCGCACAACAAGCACUACGUUGAGACGGUCCGCAAGAUGCGGCUGACGCGUCCAUGACGGUUAAGGUCAGACAAGUACAUCGACUUCUCGGUGUUGGAUUAUGUCUCAGCCGAAUAAGACGGCCCAGCUUUUCUUUGGCAAUCAGAAUAAUGAACUAUAACACUUUUAAAAAUUAUAAUACUUGAUGUGUUACUGUUUUAAUGAUACAAACUCACGUCUAAUUGAUAUAUGUUACGGUCGCUGCAAUUCAAUAGCGAUCACAUUAUAGGUUGAAUGAAACAUUGUUAGGACAGGUAUUACAGCAAAUCGCCUUCCAAGGUUGGUUUUUACUAAUCUUCUAAGCUGCACACAUUGCAUAUGCCAGUUUCAGCCGGACUGUUCUAUGAAGAUCAUUGUUACGUAUCUUGUUUGCUAUCCGCAAUGAAAUCAGUAUUCACCCUAAUAAUGUUUUCACAUAAAACUAUGAACUGUUCGCUAUUGCUUCUGCGUAGUUGACAACCAUCAAAGCGAUUAUAACAUUACUUUUAAUUUCCAGCUUGUUGACAUAUGUGUAGUGAGUGUUGUUAUUUAUUAAUUCGUUAAAGUGUUUUAAACUGAUUUGUUAGUGUCACAAUAUUUUGUUACAAGUGGUUGGUGAGUUGACUGAGUUGUUCAGUGCUGUGGCGGUUUACUAUUCGAAUUCGCUUCCGAAGUGCUCCAACAUUGAAUGUGGUGUAUUAAAGAGUAUGGAACAUAGUGUCGAGGGAGAAAGUGCUGUUAAGAGAUGUUGUAUAUAUUACAGUUAUUUUAUAAAGUGAUAAUUCAACAUUGUUUUUUCCAUAUGAAGUUAUUUUAGCAACACCGGGUGUAAAUUUAUUUGAUGAUAUCAUGUUGAUUUGAUAGCCAUUCGUUAGAAGGGAAAUCGCUUCUGUGUUAGGCUUUGUGCAAUUCAGAAGAUCAGAUGAUUUAUUUACAUAAUAUAGACCGUAACAUAUAUUCGUGGAAAGUUACAUGGAUUUCUGUAUAUUAUUUAUGGAGUAUUUAUAAGUGAAAUGUACUUUUAGAAAAAUUGAUUUGUAGUCUUGCGAUAAACCUCGUUAUCCUUAUUAUAAUAAUGGAUGUUAGAAUAAUUUAAAAUUGAUAUUAUAAGAUCUUUUCGUGUUGAUAUUAAAUAUGUGUAUUCGAUACAAAUGCAUACAUUUUUGAUCAUAUUAUAUGUGUGUUAUUAGUAGUUUAAAAAUAAUUAAUGGAAAGAUUUCAGUGGAUUCUCAAUAUAUACUUAUUCAUAUUAAGAUAAUCGUGUAACUUUAGAUUAAGUAGAUAUUUGAUGGCAAGAUGCCUAUAGAACUAGAAUUUUAAAGAUUAACCCGUUAUAGUGAAGUAAUUAUGAAGUUAACAUCUACAUGUUCCGUGUUUCUCAUAGUCCCCGAUCGCUGAAAUCCUCCACUCUUGUAUUAACCAUCUUAUUAAUGUGUAGUAACGAGGUUUAUUGCCAGGGCUGCUAUUUAUAAAUAUUAUUUACGACAAAAAAUAAAGCGGUUUAUUUUCCAAAGACAUUGAUUUUUUUUUUAUUGAAUAAAGGAAUAUUCACCGAGUUGAUGUUAAUUGCAUUAGUUCCCAUUUCGCGUUUAGGUACCUAUAGGUACUUUAUAUUUUAUUGCAAGUAGGUAUAGUGUGCCAAGAUUUAAUAGUAAUCGAAAUUUGUUAUUCCUAUAUUGUAUCGAUUUUCAGGCUAUUAUAAUCCAUAGUAAUAAUUGGCGAUCAUUAUAAUGGAUGAUUAAAAUUAAUUUAACAUCAUAAACUAUAGUAGAUAUGUGUAGUUUAACUAAGUUCCGAAUACUAUCUUGAUGUAAUAUCAUAAAUAUCUCAGAUUGAUGUUAUAAAUGUAUCUUUGAAUUUGAAUAGUAAUCAAAAUAUAGUUAGUUCGUGUAACACUGCAUGUGCAUCACAUAAAGUAAUAAUUAUAGUCGAAAUAUAUCUGUCACGUUGAUUCUUGUAAAUCCAGUAAGUACCUACACAUAGCUAUAUCGUCAUCUGUUACCUCGAUCUGUUUUGCCUCCGGAAUUGCAUCUCUCUUCGUUUACUGGUUAUAUGAUUUGUCUUUCGAAUGAUGUAAUCAUUUCAAUCAAAUGAACUUUAUAUAAGCUGAUUUUUAUUAAAUGUUUUUAAUAUAAAUGUUUAUAAAUUAAACUAAUUUUAAUAGGAUCUUAAUAGGCGAAAUCUCGAUUGUCGUUUUAAAUCUAAUACAUUUUCAAAUAUUUCGGCGCUAAAUUUGCCAGAAUUAAGAAAUGCUUUAAGUGAUGAUGUUCUCUCUAUUAUUUUAACUUUGACUGACGCAAUUUUCGGUCUAUCGGCUUUCAUUUUGCGUUUCCAAUUUUUUUUACCCGGACGAUCGAGAAUAGCCGAACAUAUAUAUAUAUUUAUAUAUAAACAUAUUCCUACGUUAUAAUAAAUUAUUCUAAAUUGUUUUUAUUUUAUCCUUUAUGUAAAUAAUUAAUGCAUUUAAAAUAUAAGAUAGGUAUUCCUCAUGGUAAAAAUAGUAUCUCUAAGUAGUUAUAUGUUAAUUGUUCGGGGCGUAGCAUCAGUCCCCAUACAUCACUUUAAUUUAUAGUUAGAAACACAUAUUAUUGUAAAAUCGGUUUUUGGUUUAAAAUAAUCAAAUAAAGUUAAAAAGUUAA